UUCGCUCAACAUGGCGACCUCCAUAGGGAAGCGGACGACGAUUGCUCUCCCCGUAUUUUUGGGGUUAUUGUUGGUAAUCUGUGUGCGAUUCAGUCAACAACAUGGCCAUGCCCACGACCACGGACAUGGGCACAGUCAUGACGAACCAGCCCAUUUUAAAUAUUCUAGGCAAGCCAACGAAGCUGCAAAACAAGACGGUGCUCCUGCAAAUAAUCAUGGUCAUGCACAUGAUCAUGGACACGGGCAUGCACAUGAUCACGGGCAUGGUCAUGCACACGAUCACGGACAUGGGCAUGCACAUGAUCAUGGACACGGGCAUGCACACAGUCACGGACAUGGGCAUGCACAUGAUCAUGGGCACGGGCAUGCACACAGUCAUGGACACGGGCAUGCACAUGGGCAUCAAGAACCAAAGAAAUUUGAGCGCUAUAUCCCUCCAAAAGAAACACCCCCUCCAGAGAAGGGUGGAGCCAUGUUGUGGAUCCAAGCUCUGUCAGCCACUGCCAUGAUCAGCUGUGCCCCGGUGUUUAUUUUAUUCUUCAUCCCUGUGGAGAAUGCCCAUGACUCUCACCAGGAGUUGUUGAAAGUUUUGUUAAGUUUUGCCUCUGGGGGGCUCCUGGGUGACGCAUUCCUCCAUCUUAUUCCACAUGCCGUAUCACCACAUUCCCAUGGAGAAGGGGAGGAGCAUGUAGGACAUGGCCACUCCCACGAUGCCAGUCAUGGACAUAGCCACUCCCAUGAUCACUCCCAUGACAUGGGUGUUGGUCUAUGGGUGCUGGCAGGGAUUGUAGCUUUUCUCAUGGUGGAAAAGUUUGUAAGGAUAAUGAAAGGGGGGCAUGGUCACAGCCAUAGUCAUUCUUCCCCUGCACCAGAAAAGGAAUCCCCUGAGGAAGAUGAAGACAAAAAAGAGGAGGAAGAGACAAAGGAGGAAGACUCCAAACAGGGAUCAAGUGAUAAAGAGGAAGAAAAGGAGGAAACGUCAACAGAACUACGACAGAGGAAAAAAGAAAAAGACAAUGGGGAUAAAGAGGAUGAAGAUGAUAGAGAAAAGAAAGUAGAAGAAGAAGAAAGGGGUGCUACAGAAGCACCAGAAGAGGAUAUAAAAGUUGCAGGCUACUUGAAUCUUGCAGCCGAUUUUGCUCACAAUUUCACAGAUGGUCUUGCCAUAGGUGCCUCUUUUCUGGUAGGCCAGAAUGUUGGUAUUAUUACCACAAUAACCAUAUUUCUGCAUGAGAUACCACAUGAGAUUGGAGACUUUGCUAUCCUAGUGCAGUCUGGUUGUACAAAGAGAAAAGCUAUGCUUCUCCAAUUCUCCACAGCUAUAGGCGCUAUGCUGGGAACACUAUGUAGUCUAAUGGCGGAGGGUGCAGGCGACUACGCCACCUCGUGGAUCCUCCCUUUUACUGCUGGGGGCUUCAUAUACAUUGCCACGGUGUCCGUGAUACCAGAGCUACUGGAGGACACAAAGUUUUGGCAAUCUGUAAAAGAAAUCAUUGCCUUACUGACAGGUGUCUACAUGAUGGUGUUGAUAGCCCAAUACGAAUAAAGUGCUAGAGUACUAAUAUUCUGUGUUCUUUAAUGUGAUGAUUCUGAUGCUAUCAUUAUAUUGAGCACUAAAAACGUGCAAGGAUCUAUAUAGCAUUGUCAAGUGUUGAUAUUUUGUAGUUUUUUUUAAAGUACAGAUAUUGAUAUUCAAUUAUUAUUAUUAUUAUUAUUAUUAUUAUUAUUAUUAUUAUUAUUACCAAUUUUGAAGUUAAGUAGAACAAUAGGAAGACAAAAUUAGGUAUUCAGUGACGUGUAGGUCAGUGGAUUUUGUAAAUGUCUUUUUUUUUUUUUGGCAUUUGCCUGAGGACGGUUGGUAAAACAUUUGUUGCUGAAUUCAGAAAUAUGCAGUGUUGGUCACUUCCCACCUUGUUAAUAAAACUCGGACCUUGAGGAAUUUAAAGAAAUCCAUAUCAGAUAUAUUUGUUUUACUUUCUUUGUUAUAAAAAGUGAAAACAUCCAGAUUGAUUGAAGCAGGUGUUGAAUAUGAUUUCAAACAUAUAAGGGUAAUAAUCUGAACAAGGGUUAGUGUACAAGUCUUAUGUAAUAAUGUUAUGUUGAAUUUUUCUCAGUGUAUCUACUGAAAGUGUGUAGAAAUGUAUUGGCAUCAUAAUUGUAUGAUGUGACCAGUUGAUAACUGACAUCAUUCCACAUCGAGCAAAAUGUCGAGACAUGGGGCUAAUUUUUCAUCUUUAUCACAACCAAGUUGGCAUUUUAGAUUUGCCAUUUUACAAAGCGAUGGGUCUGAGAUUAAAUUAGGGUCCAGCUACACAAAGGCUUGAGACAAAAUCUAGAUAUGUACCCAUUUGGUGAAGCCAAUAUUUUCAGCACUUAUCUAAAAUUUGAUCAUAGAUAAAAUAUAUCAAGUAUUGUGUGUUCAGUUUACAAUUUGAGAUGUUUUUUUUAAAUUUUUGUCAAAGUUUAAUUUUGAAUGGAGGUAGAGUCCUAUGUAAAUGAGACCUAGGAUGUUCAAUUUAUAAUACAAGUUGAUACAGCUGACAUUUUUUUUUUUAUUUUUUUUUUUUUUUUGUUACUUUUAAAGGUUCAGCAUUAAAAGAUAAGCAGAAGCUCAUUUCGUAGCGUGUCUACCGUUGGUAUUGGAAUGCUGACAAUUAGUGGUAGGCACAUACUAAUAUGAAAAGAUUCACUCAAUUUAGUGUUAUGAUACUAAAUUAGGAUACUUUUUUGAUGCACAGUAAGUCUAAGUAUUUGUGGUACUGGGGACGUUUUGCUGUAUAUGCCACAGAUAAGAUUAAAAGGUUUAUAUUUUUUACAAUUUGUCAUGAACGUUGUACUCAUGACCAUUUUCACUAAAAAAGCAAAGCAUGAUAGGUUGUCAAUAUAAGAUUAACAAAACACUGUCCAAUAUUGUUUAUAAAAAAUAGUUUAUUUAUACAUCAGCCAAAGGCAAAGAAUAAUAAAUGCAUUUCAUCCAU